AUGUGCUAAAGGACCACAUGUUUAUCUGAACGGGUGAAAUGAAAUAUAGCUAGCUACCCACCUAGUUUACCACAAAGGUCAUUUCUUGGGUAAUUUAACUGUAUUUCUACGACACCACCUGCAGCCGAGGAUGCGAAGAGGGUGAUCAUUUCACUAGGUAGCUACAUGUUAUACACAUAGCUAGAUAACUAACAGCUAACUAGCUAUAUGCUGCUCCUUACAACAUAUGGGGUUUUUAUGAAACCAGCAAGCUAGUUUGAAUUGUUUUCUGACAAUGAAUUUCGAGGGAGACCACGAGGAGUACCUCUUUCCUGUUGACGACGGUUUGUUUGCGGACACGUUCUCCGAGGAAAGUGUUUACAGAUUCGGCAGCGAGGAAGUAAAGAUCAGCCAGGUUUUCAGCGCUAAUCUCGGCGUCGCAGCACCAGUGUGGGACGCUGCGCUUUGUCUAUGUCGUCACUUGGAGCAACAGUCGCUCGAUUUGAGGGGAAAGCGAGUCAUUGAGCUGGGUGCUGGAACUGGCAUUGUUGGCAUUUUGGCAGCACGUUUGGGAGCAGAAGUGACCUUGACUGACCUUCCCUAUGCAGUCCCUCAGCUGGAGAAAAAUGUGUUGGCAAACGUGCCGCCCGCUGGGUGGCCCUCCGCAGCUCCCACUGUUGCCCCCCUCUCCUGGGGACUAGACCAGACACAGUUUCCUGUGGACUGGGACCUGGUCCUGGGCGCAGACAUCGUGUACCUGGCUGAUACCUACCCCCUCCUAAUGGACACCCUAGCACACCUGUGCCAGGACGGUGCGACACUGUACCUGUCGUCCAAGAUGCGUGGGGAGCACGGGACGCCAGGCUUCUAUGCUGACAUCCUGCCACAGAGGUUCAACUCACAGCUGGUAAGCUGUGACCCGGCACAGAACAUUAACCUCUACCGCGCCACCUUGAGGAGAGGGGGGUAGAGACAGCACUGUCAGCGAAGCAGGAGAGGCCCUCAAGUCCAUGGACCCCUGAGAAACCAUGCCUUUAAUUUAAAAGUAUCAGGACUGAGAGACACCAGAUGGAACACAAGGAAGAAAAAGCAAAAGAAGGCAUUUGUUCAUAAGACGUGAUAUCAUGUGGACCGCAAUGUACUGUUCUGUAGGCUGUGGUUUUCUGUCAAUUUACAUCACUUCAAGUCAGACUUCAGGACUGGUUGGUGAAAUAGAUGGAUGUUUGUUUUUUUUAUGUGUGGUAUGUCCCUGACACUGAUUUCAGCCAUGGGAAAUGCAGUUGCUGGGGUUUUGCUUUUAUGUUGUGAACAGUGUGUGCCACUUUGACAUGUCACAGGGUAACAGUAAAAAUAAACGU